GUUCGUUUCGCGAAAAUGUGCCUCUAGUUAUGAUUAUUGACAUUUCGUGAAAUGGAAGGAUCUACCUAUCUAAAAGAUUUUCUUAAGUCUAUUGUCGCUGCUACUAUCAAAUCAUCGAUCAAAGCUUAUAUCUCAACGUAGCCUCAAGGUUAUUAUUGUUUUCAGCUACAUGAACAUGCAAAUAUGCUACUUUAUAUGAUUUGAAUCCGCAUUGGAUAAGUUCAUAAAUCAUAAUGAACAGAAGACCUGGUACAAAUCAGUCUCCUUCGCCCAUCCAAGAACAUGCGGAAUGGCCCACAGCUAUGUUUGAGCAGUUACCUGAAUUUUGUGGUGUUUUUUAUUUGCCUCAGAAGAACCUUGGCUUCCUCUGUCUACCGUGUCUCCAAGCCCGCAUCCUACAAUCGGCCUACAACACUUGAGUGCUGGCAGACCCAGAGCAUUACACAAAACUCAUCCUACGGACAUUCCCGAAACACUUGUAAUGAAACAGAAUAUAACUCAGUGUUUGAAAGUGCUGUCGCUAAUAAGUGGGGGGAAGACAGCAGCAGAUAGAAGGCACAAUAAGAGUGGCAGAUGCGUAUAUAAGGGAGACAACUACGAUCAUGGUGAGCCAAUUGAAAACUUGCA